GCAAAAUCUUGGAACGAAAAUAUCCUUAUGGAAUUCGAGUACAUCCAGGAGAGGGCUUAUGCGGUAGCACAUUUGCCUCCAGACAAAGUUGGAGAAGGAUUUAUCACUAGCCAUGUUGAUAAUGUAGCAAAUGGAAAUGGCGUUAAUCCAGCUAUACUACAAAAGCUGCAAGAUUUUGUAGCUUACCUAAGAAGAUAUUGGCUACCACUUUCUGACGUAUUGUCAGUCUUCCAAAAACCCGUUAGGUCCAAUAAUACUUGUGAGAAUUUUCACUUGUAUGCAGCAAAGAAAAUGGGAAUACGUUCCAACGUUUAUAGAAUGUUAGACGGAAUGGGGGCUCAAAUGGAUAAGACAGCAGCGAAUUAUGAAAUGGCUGAACGAGGUCUUAUAGUAACAGCUCAGCGACCAGCGCGUCUCGUAGAAGCUGACUUGGCUAUACAGCGAACUGAAAAUGAAUUUCUAUUGGGGCGGUAACUGAUAUUUUUGAUCAUACAUUAUCACUUAUCUCUAUGUAAAUGUAAAA